CUCCUAGUCUGUUCCUUUCAAUAGAAGCCGAAGUGGGUUGUUCAGGCGUAAAUCCCAACAACACCGCCUUCUGUGUUUCCCCCUCCUUCUCCUCUCCCCUUCUCUCUCUUCAACUCCCUUCAUCCCCCAUCCAUCUAUCUCCUUUUCCACCUUUUUCUCUUCAAACAAGAAAACACAUUUUCAUCAUGGGUCACGAAGACGCUGUCUACCUCGCCAAGCUCGCUGAGCAGGCUGAGCGCUAUGAAGAGAUGGUCGAGAACAUGAAGGUCGUUGCCUCGGCCGACGUUGAGCUCACCGUUGAGGAGCGGAAUCUCCUGUCCGUCGCUUACAAGAACGUCAUCGGUGCCCGCCGUGCUUCCUGGAGAAUCGUCACCUCGAUCGAGCAGAAGGAGGAGUCCAAGGGCAACGAGUCCCAGGUCACUCUGAUUAAGGAGUACCGCCAGAAGAUCGAGGCCGAGCUUGCCAAGAUCUGCGAUGACAUCCUCGAGGUUCUCGAUGAGCACCUCAUCAAGUCCGCCCAGAGCGGCGAGUCGAAGGUCUUCUAUCACAAGAUGAAGGGUGACUACCACCGUUACCUUGCCGAGUUCGCCAUUGGCGACCGCCGCAAGGGUGCCGCCGACUACUCUCUGGAGGCCUACAAGGCCGCCACCGAGAUCGCUCAGACUGACCUCGCCCCUACCCACCCCAUCCGUCUCGGUCUCGCUCUUAACUUCUCCGUCUUCUACUACGAGAUCCUCAACUCUCCCGACCAGGCUUGCCACCUCGCUAAGCUCGCCUUCGACGAUGCUAUUGCUGAGCUCGACACCCUGAGCGAGGAGAGCUACAAGGACUCCACCCUCAUCAUGCAGCUCCUCCGUGAUAACCUGACUCUCUGGACCUCGUCCGAGGCUGAGCCCGCUGCCGACAGCGCCGCCCCUGCCGAGAAGAAGGAGGAAGCCCCGGCCACCGAGGGUGAGAAGCCCGCCGAGUAAAUGAGUAACACCUAAAAAGAUCUUGUUGAAGGACUCACGUCCUCAGGACGGAUGGGACAACCGAGAGAGAGAGCGCGCGACGGGUCUCCCAGUGCAAGGACAUAGAGUGAAGACGAGGAGAAAAGGACCGUGAGAUGUAUUGACAUGAGUUGGUUUGCUCUCCUGCCAUGGCUCGCAAGGGCCUACUAGAGAAAUAACCGUGCUUUGAUGUUGGUGCUCACUGGUCCAUUUCACUUUGAUCCUCUACUUACCUUGUGCCUCCUUUGCUUUUGGCCCGGUGCUUGUGUUCUCUGCCUGGGGAUAUCUAUCUGUCUCCUCUUUUUCGUUUUUCAUUCUCCUUGUUAUUUUGUCUACUUUGCCUCUUAACUACCCAAAGAGUCCCUUUGCGCGCACUCUCACAGCACCCCAACACAUACACAGGACACCACAGAAGUUUUUAUUAAAUCAGUUCCUUAUCAGGACUUCCACGAUGAUGUAUCUUGCUGAUCUCCGGCUUGGCUUUCUUCCCUUUUCUUAUUUAUCUCCCGUACUCUGUGCCAUAUGGCGUUUGAUUCUCGCUAGACCUGGGUUCGAAGAUAAAUUCGUAUAUUGACCUUAUCACUUGCUUUGAUUGAGUAAAUGUAGUCGAAGCAUGUAAACAGUGGAUCCUUACCUGGGAACAACAAGAGUUAUAAUGAUGUG